CUUCUCCUGCCUCGCCAGUAAUAUCCCAUCCCAUUAUCCACCACUCAACUACACGAAUACCUCAGGGUUGAUUCCCCCUUUACACCAAUCACAGCAUUACAGUUGCAGGGAUGGAGAGUGAGGAGCCCCAUUGAUGUCCAAGGCUUGAUGAUUACGUUGUUCCUAUAUAAGACAGUAAGUAUGCUGUUUAACACAGCUCAAUAUUAAACUGAAUGGAUAUGUUAUAUUUUAUCCUUUACAGUGGGAUUGUGUGAGUUGGUUAUGAUUGUUGGAUAAGUCGUCAACUGACAUUGUCGAGAGAGAGAAACAAAUGCAUGCUACAGUCAUGGCUGGAUUGGCCGACAGGUCAGAGAAGAUGCUUCGUCGAGUGUUUCAAGAGUUCUUCUCCUGCCUUCGUCUCUGUACUGACUUAUUCAUAGUCUUCAUUCUAGAGUGUGCCCACUGCAUUGCCUUCCACGUCCUUCGCAAACUCCUCUGUGGACUCCUCUUCACCUGUCUCUCCUCUCUCUCUGCUCCCGGACUAACAGACUGCUACAAUGUCGUGGUGUGGCCUCUGGCUCUCUGCUGUCUCCAGGUCUGUCGAGCAGGUGGAUUGGUUCUGGGUCCAUGUGUGGAGUGUCUGGGUUGGCCGGGAAAUGGUUGCUUGGUGAUGGUGAAUCCUUCAAUACCAGUCAACAUAGUCUUGACAGGACAGGAUGGAACCCACAUUAACGUCUCGUAGAUCAUUUGCAAUAGAAUCAAUAUCUAUUAUAAUAGAUACCUAUGUGAAUGAUGUAUAUACGCUAUCAGUAUACUUUCUC